CCAGAGCAACUGGAGUGAAAUUGCGCCCACAUGUCUGUUGCAGUCCUCCUUUCAUUCUGUUGCCUCGUCUCCGACGUGAGAGUGGUCAGCUUUUCAGGUCUUUGAGCUCGUUGUUUGAAGUGGUGGCUGGGGCUUUUCUCACAGUCACAGUCAGGCCAUUGCUGACCACAGGAGUGUGGAUGGCCUUCAGGGCUGGGACUGUGGGCGCUCACAGGCCAGGGUGAGAUUAGGGUGCUGCUUUCUGCUCGGGACCGGAUGCUAGGCGGCCGUACCCCACCCUCCUUACCAUGGCCUUCCUGGUCCCGCUUGCUUCUUGACACUACAGCCCUUUGUGUGAGAUCUGCCCAGAACUUGGUGACUGCUCCGAGGUUCCAGCUUCGCCCAUCCCAGCUCCCUGACUUCCUUUGUGACCCCAUCCCUGUGUGCACCUCUCUCCUCGGAGACACUUCUGACACCACUUCUGCUGGCCUCGCCCAGCGCCUAGCCAGGAAGACCAACAAGCAGGUGUUCGUCAGCUAUAAUCUUCAAAACACAGACAGUAACUUUGCCCUGCUCAUAGAAAACAGGAUCAAGGAAGAAAUGGAGGCUUUUCCGGAGAAGUUCUGAGUGGCGCAAGGGAGAAUAUAAAUUGACAUUGAAAUAAAUGUUUUUAUUUGGUCAUCAGGCUGU